GUGGAGGUGCGCUUCUGACAAGCCCGAAAGUCAUUUCCAAUCUCAAGUGGACUUUGUUCCAACUAUUGGGGGCGUCGCUCCCCCUCUUCAUGGUCGCGGGCAAACUUCCUCCUCGGCGCCGCUUCUAAUGGAGCCCCACCUGCUCGGGCUGCUCCUCGGCCUCCUGCUCGGUGGCACCAGGGUCCUCGCUGGCUACCCAAUUUGGUGGUCCCUGGCCCUGGGCCAGCAGUACACAUCUCUGGGCUCACAGCCCCUGCUCUGCGGCUCCAUCCCAGGCCUGGUCCCCAAGCAACUGCGCUUCUGCCGCAAUUACAUCGAGAUCAUGCCCAGCGUGGCCGAGGGCGUGAAGCUGGGCAUCCAGGAGUGCCAGCACCAGUUCCGGGGCCGCCGCUGGAACUGCACCACCAUAGAUGACAGCCUGGCCAUCUUUGGGCCCGUCCUCGACAAAGCCACCCGCGAGUCGGCCUUCGUGCACGCCAUCGCCUCGGCCGGCGUGGCCUUCGCCGUCACCCGCUCCUGCGCCGAGGGCACCUCCACCAUUUGCGGCUGUGACUCGCAUCAUAAGGGGCCGCCUGGCGAAGGCUGGAAGUGGGGCGGCUGCAGCGAGGACGCUGACUUCGGGGUGUUAGUGUCCAGGGAGUUCGCGGAUGCGCGCGAGAACAGGCCGGACGCGCGCUCGGCCAUGAACAAGCACAACAACGAGGCGGGCCGCACGACUAUCCUGGACCACAUGCACCUCAAAUGCAAGUGCCACGGGCUGUCGGGCAGCUGUGAGGUGAAGACCUGCUGGUGGGCGCAGCCUGACUUCCGUGCCAUCGGUGACUUCCUCAAGGACAAGUAUGACAGCGCCUCGGAGAUGGUAGUAGAGAAGCACCGUGAGUCCCGAGGCUGGGUGGAGACCCUCCGGGCCAAGUACUCGCUCUUCAAGCCACCCACUGAGAGGGACCUGGUCUACUACGAGAACUCCCCCAACUUUUGUGAGCCCAACCCAGAGACGGGUUCCUUUGGCACAAGGGACCGGACUUGCAAUGUCACCUCCCACGGCAUUGAUGGCUGCGAUCUGCUCUGCUGUGGCCGGGGCCACAACACGAGGACGGAGAAGCGGAAGGAAAAAUGCCACUGCAUCUUCCACUGGUGCUGCUACGUCAGCUGCCAGGAGUGUAUUCGCAUCUACGACGUGCACACCUGCAAGUAGGGCACCAGGGCGCUGGGAAGGGGUGAAGUGUGUGGCUGGGGCGGAUUCAGCGAAGUCUCAUGGGAAGCAGGACCUAGAGCCGGGCACAGCCCUCAGCAUCAGACAGCAAGGAACUGUCACCAGCCGCACGAGUGGUAAAUGACCCAGACCCAACUCGCCUGUGGACGGGGAGACUCUCCCUCUCUCUCAUCUUACAUUUCUCACCCUACUGUGGAUGGUGUGUGGUUUUUAAAGAAGGGGGCUUUCUUUUUAGUUCUCUAGGGUCUGAUAGGAACAGACCUGAGGCUUAUCUUUGCACAUGUUAAAGAAAAUAAAAACGAAAACAAAUUCGACUCCAACAGAACAGGCUGGGCUAAUGUGAGCUCUCGGCCUGGCAGUCAAGACAUCAGCAUGGGCAAGGUUCUGUUUCCAAACUGCUGCUUCUGGUGACAUUCCAAGACGCCUGGAGGUGGGAGUCAGGAAGUAGGACACACCCCUGCAGUCUCCUUUUCUUGGUCUACUCCCAUUCAAAUUUGAGCUAAUUUCUCAUUCUGAUAAAAGCCAUAGGUUUAGCUAGGUAGGGAGGUCCGCGGCAGUUGUUACAGUAGGAUUUGGAGUUUGGAAGAACUGGCAGCUCAGGGUGGCCUGGUCAGCCGUUUGAAGAGCAGCCAUGUGUUCUUCUCAGUCUCAUUUUCUCUAUAACCCUGUUCUGCACGAGAGGCAGUCAGAUCUCAAAAUCUUUUUCUACCAUUCUGCAGUUUCCACCGUCAAUGCAGUUCUUUUUUUUUUUUUUUUUUUUUUUUUUUUUUUUUUUUUUUUGGUGGUGGUGGACGUUGUAAAUA